CACUCUGUAACUUGGUUAGUAGUAGUGACAUUUUUUCACGAGUAGCGCAUAUUUAUAUUUUUUGUCAUUGUACAUGUUUGUUUAGGACAAAUGUACAUUCGCGCAGAUGUGAUUACGGUUUCGGAUUAACUUCUCAAGUAACAACAGUGAUAAGAUGUCUACCUGACUGGUGGCAGCUGUGUCAGAGGGCUUUCUUUGCCAAAGGCCCUCGCCCCUCCAGCCAUGGAUUCGGAAAGCCAGGCCCUGCAGGAGUGGGACGAGCCCCUGGUCAUCCUGGAGAAUGGAGAGGAAUACAGGAACCCCACGGAGGUGAAAAUGAGCCAGAUCGUGCUGCCCUGCCACGCCAACCACCGCGGGGAGCUCAGUGUGGGACAGCUGCUCAAGUGGAUGGACACCACUGCCUGUCUGUCUGCGGAGAGGCAUGCUGGGUGCCCCUGCAUCACCGCAUCUGUAGAUGAUAUCUAUUUCGAGCACACGAUCGGGGUGGGACAGGUGGUCAACAUCCAGGCUAAAGUCAACAGAGCUUUCAACUCAAGUAUGGAGGUGGGGAUUUUGGUCUUGUGUGAGGACCUCUUCACCGACCGGCAGUGGAGGGUGUGCCACGCCUUUGCCACGUUUGUGGGCCGUCGCACGGAAGCAGGCAAGGUGCAGCUGACGCAGGUGGUCCCACGCACGCAGACGGAGCAGGUGGAGCACAGCGUGGCAGCUGAGCGGCGGAGGAUGAGGCUGAUCCACGUGGAGAUAAUGAAGGACCUGCUCAACAACGCCACCCUUCAGAAAGUGGAUGAGUGGCAGGACCAUCAGGACUCGGUGCCUGCAGAGAGGACACGGGUAGAGAGUGUGGAGCUGGUGCUGCCCCCUCAUGCCAACCACCAGGUCAACACCUUCGGGGGCCAGAUCAUGGCCUGGAUGGAAAACGUGGCAACCAUUGCUGCCAGCCGUCUGUGCAACGCACACCCCACCCUGCGGACCAUUGACAUGUUCCACUUCAGAGGUCCGUCCCAAAUUGGGGACCGCCUGCUUCUGAAGGCCAUUGUCAACUAUUCCUUCAAGCACAGCAUGGAGGUGGGCGUGUGUGCGGAGGCCUACCAGGUGGGGCAGAGUCUACGACACAUCAACAGCGCCUUCAUGACCUUCGAGGUUCUGGACCAGCAUGGGAAACCGCGCACACUGCCGCAAAUUCGACCAGAACCCGUGAAUGGAAAGAGGCGGUACCGGGAGGCCAUCGCCAGGAAGAAGAUUCGAUUGGACAGGAAAUACAUCAUCUCCUGUAAGCAAACCGAGGUGCCUCUGUCCGUACCCUGGGAUCCCAGCAACCAGGUGUACCUGAGCUACAACAACGUGUCUGCCCUGAAGAUGCUUGCCGCGAGAAACAACUGGGUGUUAAAUUCUGAGAGAAAUAAGGUCAGCCUGUACACACUGGAGGAGAACCAGGUCCUGUGCAUCUGGGUGGAGACCCAGGUGAACGUCCCGGCGGAGAAGGUCUUCCUGCUGAUGUCGGACCUCCGCCGGAGGCCGGAGUGGGACAGGAACUAUGAGCUGUGUGAGGUGGUCAACCAGGUGAACGAAGAUGACACUAUCUACCGCGUGGUCACUCCCUCGGUCAGCAAACACGGAAGUGUCCAGGACUUCAUCUUGCUAGCUUCCAGGAGGCGGCCAUGUAACACUGGGGACCCGUUCGUGAUUGCCCUGCGGUCUGUCACCCUUCCCACUCACCCCCCCACAGAAGACUACAAGCGUGGGGAGGUGACAUGCGCGGGGUUCAGUAUUUGGGAGGUCUCCAGCAACGUUACAAAGAUCUCCUACUACAACCAGGCCUCGCCCGAGGUGCUGCCCUACAUCUCCACUGACAUCGCCGGGCUCUCCUCCAGCUUCUGCUGCACCUUUCAGUCCUGCAGCCAGUUCCUGGAGGAGAACAAGGACAGCCUGGAGCUCCUGGCCUCCACCGCGCUGUGACACCUGGCUGUGAGCGGGGGCGUCAGGGCGGGGCGGAAAGCUCCAACAUCAGGCCCCUCUUCCGAGGUGCUCCAAACUGCUCCAGUACGAGACACCUCACCUGGAGCUGGGUGUGUGUGGCCUGUUACGCUGUGGCCUUUACUGCCAUUGCAUCAGCCACAGAUUUAUUACAGCCUUUUACUGCCUUUUAACUAGAAUUAAUACUAUAGUUCAUUUGUUAAAAGUUUUGGGGUUUUUUUACGUUAUGAAACAGAGUUUUCCUUAUUGUAAGUGUCUGGAAGUGAACAUGUUUGAAAGCAUGUUUGGCAUUGAUGGUGUUAUAUAUGAUAGUAACUUAAACUUGUCCACAACACACCUUGCAGAGUAAGAGAUGUCACUUAAGAAAAACAGGGCUGGUUUCACGGACACAUAUUAAGCUUGGUUCUGGACUAAACUUUGUUUUGUACGGAGAAUCUCCAUUCAGAAUGUAAUUUAGUCUUGGACUAGGCUUAAUCUGUGUCUGCAAAACUGGCCCAGAAUUGUAAUAUUCCAUUAUGAUAUUCCAAUAGAAUAUUCUGGAAUGUGGAAUCGGUACUGUAGUCACAUCUGGAUUACACAUUAUUAUUUAGAUACUGUGGGAAUGUUCUGUGAAUUAUUUUUAACAAAACAAAUUCACAGAUGUCUCAUACAAGUCUGUGUUGUGAGAAAGACAUUUUGCAAUUAACUGGAGCUGGGCAUAUUUAUAUGUUUGGAGAUUUUUCUGGGAUUUUUUUUAUAGUGCAGUUGUGGGAAUGUAGAGUUUCAUUGCACAUUUUCUAUGCUUCACAGUCUAUUUCUUUUCAAAUAGAUUAGUGAAAACAAGACGAGAUGUUGGUAAUCAUACUGUAAAUGUAAUUCUAUGUCAAGAAAACACUAUAUAAUGAGCAGCAAUCAAGCCUUUCAUAUUCAAGUCUUUAUACACGAUUUUGAACAUCAGUGAGCUGAAAAUAAUUUAUGAAUGCUGAGCAUCGACACCCUACCCCAUUUUUCAAUGUAAAUUACAUGCCUGGACUAAAACAAUAAAUAAGCAACUAGGUGGCAAAUGAA